AUGAAGAAGGGCAACGAACCUUGGAGCUCAAGUCGAGUGUCACGCACUCGAGGCCGCCCCACAACGCCACCUUCAACGCCAGUGAAUGUCGACGACAACGACGAUGAAAGGAGCUACAGCGAGAUGGCGUCGACGUCCCCCGAAAGCCGGCUCCUCUCGCCUUUGGUUGGCGAAGGUGGCGCCAGAAAGGUCGGGAUGAUGUCGAAGAUGGACAUCGAUGGCGGGGAUCCAGAACCCGAUGCCGACGCCGAUGGGUCUGGUGACGGCGACAGUGAUGGACCAGAAGAAGACGGAGAUGCGCUAAGGGAGUUGGCCGAGAUCGCAGGCGUUGCUGAUGAUAUUGGCAGUAAAGAAGCAGAAGCGGGAGAAGAGGAGUCGACGCAGACGCUGAAGCGGAGGCAGAAGAUUCAGAAGCGGAUCUACUGGAGGCGGUUGAUGCUGCUGAGGCCAACAGCAGCAACUCGAGUGCCGGUGGUUCUUGGAUGA